UUCUGAUUUUACCAUGACAGUAAGUGUACGGGAAAGCAGACGAAUUUGUGAGAUGAAUGAAACAAAACAGACAAGAGAGUUAAAAUAUGAUCUACCAUUUGGAAAAGCUUCACAGACUGCAAAAAGAUUUGAAGUGGAGGAGUUAACACCUCAACCUAUAAAUGGAAGUCCCACUGAUGAUUUAUUGUAUGACCAAUCAGCUUCACAAGAUUUAUUUGCAACACAAGAAAAUAUAUUUGUUAAUCGGCAUAUUUUCAGCCAGACUGAUAGUGCACAGCUUGGAAUAAAGUGUGGCAAGAUGGUUUCAAGAGAAAGCAUGAAUCAAAAGAAUCCUAAGGAUGAUACAGAAGGAUCAAUAAGCAAAAAGAUUAUUAAAAAGUUGCCUGCUAAUUUAAUAUCCCUAGACAACAGUGAUUUACCUCAUCCAAAACAUUUGUUUAGAAAGAAAAGAACAAAAAGACUCCAAGCACCAAAAGUCAACAAGAAAGAUUUGAAUGAUAAUUUAAAAAAUUCUGUGAAUGGACACAUACAACAGUUAAGAUCAAAGUUAGCUCACAGGGUUACAGUAAAUACAAGCCUAGCAUUUGAAAAGGAUGAGAAACUCUCUUCAAAGGUCAACUUUUUUCCUGAAGAUCAGAGAUUACCAUUGGAAUAUAGUAAUAAUGAAAACUCAGAUAAAUCACCAUUUUUGAAGUUUGAUAAUGAAUUUUUACCUCACAAAUCUGAAACAUGGGACGAAUUGAAUGUGUCACUUUAUCAGAGAUGGAUGACAGAUGUCUCAUAUACUGAGGAGGAAUAAGAUUCUUAUCCAUGAAUAAACUGUAAAGAUGCCGUCUAAUUGAUCUGUGAUAAUUCUUUUGUUACAAAAUAUAUUAUAUAUGUGUUCACCAAUU